AUGCUUAAAUUCAUGGUGCCCUCCCUCUAUCUGCCUUUUUUUUGCGGGGGGGGUGUGAUUGUCCCAUUCUAUAAAUUAAUUCUUUUCUUUCAUUUUUCUUUCUUUAUAUUAUUUCUUUCUUUCAUUCAUUUUCUUUCAUUUUUCUUUUUUCAUAGACUUUUCUUUAUUUUUCAUUUUGCUUCAGUUCUUUUUUUUCGUUUUUUCUUGUUUCAUGUUUUUUUCUUUUCUUUCUCUUUUAAUUCUUUUCUUUCAUUUUCCUUCAAUUUUUCUAUUUAUCCUAUUUUUCAUUUUUACUGCAUUUCUUUUUUAUUUCCUUUCAACAUUUCUUUUUUCUUUUCCUCUUUUUCAGUCGUUCCUUCUUUUCUUCUUUUAAUUUCCCUGACUUUCUUCAUCUAUAUUUUUCUUUUUUUUUCUUCUUCAAAUAAAUUUGUUUCAUAUUUUUCACGUUUAUUUUUCUUUUUCUUUUAUCUCUUUCACUCAUUCAUUUCAUGCCUUUUUAUUUAUUUCUUUCUUUCUAACGUUUCUUUUCUGUUUGUUUUUCUCUUUUUUUUCUCUCUGUUUUUUUUCUUUCUUUCAUUCAUUCAUUCUUUCUUUCUAUCUUCUUUCUAUAUUUCUCUAAUUUUUUUUACUACCAUUCCUUUUUCUCUCUUUUUCUAUUCCCUCUCUUUCUUUCUUUCUGUCUUUCUUUUCAGAUGCUCUUUUUUCAUAGCAUAUUCUUUCUUUUCUCUUUUUUUUCGUGAUUGGGCAUGUUUCCUUUUCAUAUGUUUUUUCUAUAUUUCUCUAUUUUUUUACUACCAUUCCUUUUUCUCUCUUUUUCUAUUCCCUCUUUCUUUCUUUCUUUCUUUCUUUCUUUCUUUCUUUCAUUCAUUCUUUCUUUCUUUUCAGAUGCUCUUUUUUCAUAGCAUAUUCUUUCUUUUCUCUUUUUUUUCGUGA